UUGGAGAAGUUUCAGGCAGGCGCGAUUUUUAAUUUUAUUUAGCUUUCGGAGGUGGAUUUAGUUUGUUGUGUGUUUGGAAGCCUCAUUUAAAUGUGAACUUUAUGAAAUAAACUAUGAUGCUAUUGUAACAUAAAUUAGAAAUUAAGCUUUAUGUUAUAUAUCAUAAAUCUUUUAUGAAGUUAUUUCAUAACAUAACCUAAAAUCGUCCAAAGUUUUACAAUAUUUUAUGGUAAAUAAAACAGUGAUAAUGGAACUGCAAGAAAAACCUUCAACACCACACUCGGUGUAUCUAGCACCUCUAUUGGCUGGAGCUAUAGCAGGUAUAUCAGUGGACGUGACUCUGUACCCGCUGGACACACUGAAGACUCGGCUGCAGAGUGCACAGGGCUUUCAGAAGGCUGGAGGCUUCCGGGGAGUUUAUAAAGGUCUGAGCGCGGUGGCGGCGACGUCGAUGCCGACCACAGCCCUGUUCUUCGUGUCCUACGAGUGUACAAAGACCCUGGUGCAGCCCCACGUGCCGGCGCAGUGGAGCCCGCUGGUGCACGCCGCGGCCGCCAGCGUCGGUGAAGUGCUGGCGUGCCUGAUCCGGGUGCCGACGGAGAUCGCCAAGCAGAGGAAACAGACGUACGUGGGGACGAAGACGAGAAGCAACAUCUCUAUAUUAAUGGAUGCCUACAAAGCGGAGGGCGUCCGCCGGGGCGUGUACCGCGGCUUCCUGUCGACGGUGGCUCGAGACCUGCCCUUCAGCUUCAUCGAGCUGCCCGUGUGGGAGCUCAUGAAGAAGAUGGUCAAGGAGUAUAACGGCGGCGAGAUCACUAGUUUACAGAGUGCAUGCUGCGGUUCACUAGCGGGCGGGUUCGCGGCGGCCGUCACCACGCCCCUAGACCUGGCCAAGACCAGGAUCAUGCUGGCCCCAGACUACCACGCCACCAGGAAACUGCGCAUCAGGCCGGUCCUCACCAGCAUCUACCUAGAAUCAGGCUUCAGAGGACUGUUCGCGGGCGUCACGCCGAGGCUUUUCGGCUUCAUGAUUGGCGGAUUCGUGUUUUUCGGCGCGUACGACGAUGCGAAAGCUUUCUUCGAAAGGAAGUUUGACGGGAGAUAGUGCUGCCAUCUUUUGGUGGAGGAGGUAAAGUUUUGAGUUCUGGUGUUUAACGCUAGAUGGCGUUGUAAGAAUAAACGGUUUCAUUAAUUGAAACUAGAUGGCACUGUUAAUUUUUUUAUAGAUACAAAAUAAAGUGCAUUUAAUGCUAGGUAGGAAAAUAGUGAUUCUAAGGCCAAAGUUGUAUAUUUUUUACUGCAAUAUACAUUACACAUAGUAUUUUAGUUACAAAUUGUUAUUUUUUUGACAUAAAAUUAUUUUAUAAUUGU